CUAUAGAAGAGGUUAGAACUGGCAGGAACCCACCCCUGAUGCACACACAGACACACAGAUCCAGACCCAAAACCAUAUAGGGGUAAUAGGUCAUGAUUUUAUUGUGUUGAUUAUAUUCCCUGACUUACCCUUCUGAAAGAAUUGUUCUUCCCCAAAUCAGAGACCAAAGUCAUAAACAUAUUCAGAAAGCAAAUAUUUUGUCAUCUUUUGGAAAAGUGAACGUUUUCCCACAAUGGCACUCAAAUUAUAAUUAUUCUACGUCAUAGAUUGUUUUUCAUGCCAAGAGAUGAGUGUUUCUCCUUCUGUUUGUUUGGGUGACAGGAGCGACUGUACUGCCGUGGCUCAGUUUACAUGAGACCCUGGGUAAGACUCCAAGUACCUGAAGUAACCUGCAGCGAGACGCAAAUUUCACAGAACUAUCUUAGGGUACCUCCAGGUUUCACCCCUUUCCGAAGUGCACUCCCUGUCGCUAAUGAUCCGGAAGGACCAAGAGUUGUGGAGGAAUUCCAUAUUGAUCCCAGAGGACGUCGCGCUCAUGAAAAAAAGCAGGGCCAUGGCCACCGACACAGACACGGCCACCGACACAAGCAUAAGAAGUCAAAAGAGAGUUCUUCUGAAGAAGUUGCAGUUCUACCCGCUAUUGAAACCCCAAGUCAACUGCCUACUUCAAAAGCUUUUCUGGAACAGGAGGCUAACAGUAGAAGUCCCCAUGGAGAACCUGUUGGGUUUCCUGAUGCCUCCCCAGUGCACAGUAGCUCUACAGAUUCCCCCGUUUUCUUACAUCACCUGCCAGAUCUACCAGAACCACCAAAAUGUCCCGGGACACCAUGGAAGCCUGAAAGAGCAGAGUCUGAAGAUACCCUUUUUAACGAUUUUGAUCUUUACGAUGCUUUACAGGAUUAAUUUUUUUAAAAGGCAGUGAGUUAUUUCUCCAGAAAUGUCCUACUCUUAGAAAUGAUGAGAGUUCUCAGGAUUUCUGAUUGCGUAAAAAGUGUAACACUUAAAUAUAGUUGCAGCCAAGGUUGGCCUGCUGCAUCAGCCUGCCUAGUUUCUUAAUGUUUUGCAAGAUACAAUAGUUAACAAAUAAUAAAACAAGAACUGUAAUUCAGUCUGCUCGAUCAGCCAGCAAUGUGCUAGGCACAACUGCCUUCUACAAGAAUAGCAUUGCCGGCAUUCAAUCCUGGAGAAAAAAAUACAUAUUUCCUGGAAUAGAAAGGGGUCUUUGAAUGACUACAGCAGCUCGGUGGGUGAAUUGUGUUAAUUUUCUCUGCAUGUUGAGUUACUUUCCUACACUUGAUUAUUUCCUUGCACCAUGAUUAUUUUAUGAUGAAUCUGUAGUAAGUUCAACGCAAGUAUAUUAAUUAGCCCACUCUUUCUAUUACUGGUUUGUGAUACAUUUUGUUUGUACACUUUUUCUUGGCUAUUGCAAAUAAAAGACAUGUACCAAAGCA